UUACCAUAUAAGCUGUAUUAUAAGUCUCACCGCCACCGUAGUCUUUUUUCUCUCUCUACACAUAUAUAAAAAGAGAGAGCUCAUAGUUAUAAAAUCAUAACCCUCAGAUCAUCAUCAUAGCUCAUUUGUACCUAGUUUUUCUAGUCACCAAAAGGAUCAAUAAAUCCAUUGUUUUAGUAGAGAGAGAGUACUAUUAUAUAAUAGUAGAGUUAGUGGGAUAUGGGAAGCGUAGAAGAGGAAAGGCUUGUUCAGAUGGUGCAUGAUUUUAUAGAAUCAGAAUCAACCACAGCGGUGCCACUCUUGAUUUCUCCUCAUCGUCACUACUCUAACGUCUCUUCCCCUCUGAAUAAUCAACCCCAGUAUUUCACUUUACAGGAGAUUCUUGGGCGUAGGACAAAGACGGAAGUUGAGAUUGUGGAGAGAGUGUUAAAGUACACGAGUGACAAAAAGGAAGGUGCUAAAUUUCCUAGUCAGAAGAAAUACCUUGUCAUGAGGCUUCAAAUGGAUGGUUACAACGCUUCACUUUGCCAUACUUCUUGGCCUACUUCUUUCGGUUGCCCGGCAGGUGAUUACGAGUACAUUGAGAUAUUAAUAAUGGAGGGUGAAAACAAUAAAAAUGAUGGAAAUGGAAAGAGUGAGAGGGGGAGGGUUAUGGUAGACAUAGACUUCAAGUCACAGUUCGAAUUGGCUAGGCCCACUUCAGCUUACAAACAACUCACGAGCGCGCUCCCUCAAAUCUUCGUUGGGAGUGAGGACAAACUCAUCCAGAUUAUCUCCCUGCUUUGCUCCGCUGCCAAACAGUCCCUUAAAGAGAGAGGACUCCAUGUACCACCUUGGAGGACCGCAGCUUACAUGCAGUCCAAAUGGCUAUCUCCAGCCAAGGAAGAAACCUCUAAUACUAAUGCCAAGGAUACAAAGAUCUCUGCUGAGGAUAAUAAUGGACAUACUAAAAACUUCAUUACCAAGUGGGCACCCCCGGCCCCAAUUGUUGUAAAACCCAACAAGACAAGGGAUUUGGGAGGUGGGUCUGGUUUGUCCAGUCAAUUUUCUAACAUGAGAAUAAAUUGUUGCUAAUAUAUAAAAUAUUUAUAUAUAUAUAAACUCUUUCUUUUUCGUGGUUAUUAAUUAUUUCUUAAAGAGGGAAUUCUAGUUUUGGUUUUUUUUCCCCCUCGAUAUAGAUUAUAUAUGUUUGCCAAGUAUUUGGCUAUAUGAUUGUUUAGUUUGUAUUGAGGGCUAGUGCCUAGUAUAAAUAAACACUACUAGUUUUAGAAAGUAUAUGUACAAUUUUUCAUUAACCUGUUUGUUAAUCAUUAAUUA